AUGUUUGUUUCGAAUUUUCUGGUGAACUCUCGGAGGUCCGCGAAGAUUUCUUGGAUCGGCACACCCCCUUUCCUAGCGCGCUUCGCGCGCCAGGGGCGGCGCCGGAGGCGCCGCCUAGGGGGUCCAGUCCCGAUCGGGGUAAACGACUUAAUGGUUCAGUGCGAUGUUGGUUGCUGCUGUCUGCCGCCUGCGCAGUUACAAACUACCCAACAGGCCUAUCGAGGAUUUCGUAAUCUACACGGUGGUUGCCCGUUUUUGCAGACGGUUCACGCAGGAUCCCCGCCCCGCCAACCACCAUCUGAGAUUACGAAGUCCCGGGUAGCAUUAAUUUCGGGAUCGAUCUCAUCUGGAUGUUCCAAACUGCAUCCCGAGGAUGGAAAGCCGCUGAGAACCCACGAAAGCGUCCGAAAUUCUCAAGGCUCGAAGUCCGAAAUGUCCGCCGUCUUCCCCGAACGCUGCCCCAUCAAGUCUGUGUGCUACGCCGCUCUUUCUUCUUCUGCCGUCUGCCUGCUGGCCGCCGAGUCGGAGGUCGAGCGUGCGGAGCAGCUGCGGUCGUCGGGCGUGCUGCGCGGGCUCGCGGACACGCUGGGGCUGCUGGCGGUGCGCGUCUUCGAGGUGCCGCUGCGGUGCCUCGCCAUCUCCGUCGAGCCGGCCUCCCCGGGUGCGGACGACUGUGGCCACCUAGGUGCAGAAGGCCCACUCUUGUUCUCGUGGAGGCUUUUCGAGCAAGUGCAAGAUCCUGGGUUCUGGUUCGGCGAGUUCUGCCAUGCCCUGGCGCACAAGGCGGUCGGCGCUGGCCACCUGGGGAGCUCGCACACGAUGGCAAUGCAGGCUCUGUACGCGUGGCACUUCCCCAGGGCGGGCCGCGUGCUCGAGGGCGCCGCAGGCCAAGCCGGGCGCGCGUGA